AAUGAAAAUAAUUCUGAUCCUGAUACCAGUGAAGCAGUGCAACCCAGAACAAUUCAUUAUAUGGAUGAUAGCGAUUCCAUAAUCCCCAGUAGUUUAUGUGGCAUGUCCAACGAAGACUACUACAAGAAGGUCACAGAACUAAAAAAUGCACAUGCCCACACUAUAGCAAUACUAGCAAAACUGUGUGAGAACAAACUAUGUGUCAGAAGCAUGGCAGCUACUUCGGAGGAUCCCUGUGAAUCAUCAAUGCAUUACAGUUUAGGUAAGAAAAACAAUGGCUACCUAUCUCACUCAACAACUCAGGUGGGCAGUACUGCACACUCAAGCAUGUCAGAAAUGUCAAAAGAAGAUCUGGAAAAAGGUGGGGAAAAUCGCAUGUCCUACGGAAGGGAUCGAAUUCAGGGAAUGUGGGAUGGAUUUUCUGUGCAGGACUAUAUUUCAGAUGAGGAACCCCAGAAGCCCAAAAGCUCAAAUUUACCAUUUACAAAAAUGCAGAUAAUAAAGAAGGAGCAAAAGCAGUGGUCACCAAAGAUCACAAUACCACAACCUUUCCAAAUGACUCUUAGAGAGGCUGAGAAAAAGAAACUGAAGAUAAAAUCUAGGUCUGAAAUUGAAGCAGAGAAUCAGAUGCUAAGAAAACAAUUAGAGGAAGAAGCAGAAUGUCAGAAAAAGUUCCGUGCUAAUCCUGUACCAGCCCAUACCUAUAUUCCUUUGCUGGCAGAAAUAAUAGAACGGAAUGAAGAAAGAAGGAGGUUUGUAAAGAUGAGAAGCCAAGAAAUUUUACAGGCUAUGCAAAAACCAUUUGUCUUUCUUGAAAGAGAGGAGAAAAAGAAAAAAAUCAGAAAAAUGCAAACAGAGGAACUGAAUAUUUCAGUAAGUAAACCAAAGAAAUUUAAAGCAAAACCAGUUCCUAGAUACCUUUAUGAUCAAACAAUUAGUGACAGAAUUAAAGAGCAAGAACUCUACCGAGUAAUUAAAAUGAAAGUGAGAGCUCAAGAGACAUUACGUGGUGCGUCUCUUCCAAAAAGUAUGCUUCAUAAUACCUUAUUGGAAAAGAAGAAAGCAACAUGUUGGAACCCAGAUGAAGAACUGAAAUUCAAACCCAAGAUUAACACUAAAGUACCAAAUUUUGAGAAUUUGCACAGAAAGUCUCGUAGACAGCUUAUGAGAAAGAAGAAUUUGAAAUUGACAACCGUGUGUGAACCCUUCCAGUUGCUCACUCUUCAACUUCCCUCAAAAAAAGAAAAGGUGUUGAAUGAUAUAAUGGCAGAUGAAAAUCAUUUAAAAGAGACCCGCUGGCCUUAUUUGUCAUGCAGAAACCAGUGGAAAUCACAUGACAGCACAAAUUCAAAUCAGUCAGGAUCUUUGGACUUGAAAAUUACAAAGGUCACUGAGUCUGAAAAGAAGAGGAAACAAGCUGUUAGGAAAUUGCUGGAAGAGAAAAAGAAGAAAGAAGAAAAGGAGGAAAACUGGAAACGAGAGCAGAAACUGAGGGAGAGAAAAUUGAAAAAAGUCAUAUCUACCCGUGCCCGGGCCAGUGAUCCACACAAGAGCCUGGCUGAAGUCUCGAGAUCAAAACUAAAACAAUAUAGGAAUCAUCAAAGAAAAAGAACAAAAGAAUAUCUGCUGGAGCUUGAGGAGAUGCAGGAUAGGGUAAGCAGGAGGCCUCUGCUCUUAGAAGAGCUCACAAUGAGGAAUGCCAGAAGAGCAGCAGAAAGACAAUAUGCUGCAGCACUAAAAUUACAGGGAUUGAGUGAAGAUUUUGUUUCUAGAAAAGGUCACCGUCUCCCAAACUUCAUUUCACAUUCCAGUGAUGAAGAGUCUGAGAAAAGUAAAGACAACAGUGAAGAAAGUUCUCAGGAAGAAACUGAUGGAUUUGAAUCUGAUGAUGACCAAGAUGAUCGUGAGCUUAUUGAGGAAUCAAGAGACAUGGAAGAAAAGGAAUUUAAAGAAAAUGAAGAUGAGUAACUACAAAGAAAGCAGCAAACAUGAAAAAUUUUAUAUACAUGGUAAAUGUAUAAUAUUUAUUGAAUAUUAAUUAUGUUUCCUUUAUUACUUCCUGGUGAUACUAUUUAGAUUAUUUUUAAAAUAUGAUCCGGAACUAGUAAAUUCUAAUAUUCAUGGUAGAACACCUCAUGAUGAAACUGAUUCACUUUCAUGACUGAAGCUUCUUAACAAGUGUCUGACAAGUUUGUGGUAUGCAUUCUUAAACAUAUAACAGAAUACCAAUCAAUACUGAUGUCAACUAUUUUUACUGAUUGUGAAAAUAUUUCAAGCAUUUCCCAUGAGGGAAUCUGCUGAAUGACUUAUGUGCUGUAUAUUAGCAUGGAUGCAUACUUACAUUAAUGUUUGAACUGUUUUCUAAAACUUUUGGCCAAAUAUUCAGCCUGUAAAAAUUGUAAAUUGCAGUGAAGGAAUCCAAAUCACGUGCGCAAGCACAUUUGUUUUCAGAUGCAGGUUCAUUUAAAAUAACUAGCCUAAAUUACAAAAUCACCAUGAUGAACUGCAAAGUUAAAAUGUCGACUGCACUUAUGAGUUCCAAUUUGGAAUUAACUAAUCAGAUUCAAACUGUUCGCAUCUGAUUCUGAUUUAAAAAUUAAGAUUUCAAAGCCUUGAAGGAAAGCAAGCACUCUUUCUAUAGUAACAGAAAAUGUGCUGAUAAUGUUUUUGCUGACCCGCUGUCAACUACUCCAGGUAAAUUGGUUCAUUAUGUAUCUAGAACUCUUCGUUUGUAUUUUGUAAUGCGAAUGGAUCCUGAAAAAUACAAAAUAAGUGAUUCAGUUUUGCUUAAUGGAAAAAAAACAACGUAUGUACAUAAUGUUAAACAAAGGGAGUAAGCUAAUUUUGUGAAUGGAAAGCACUAUGCAAGGAAAUAUAGAGAUCAGUAAAAGAUACUAGCCUAGCCAGCAUAGUCGUAUAUUCCAUGAAUAAAUAUAAAAACAACUUCUGCCCUUCAGUUUUCUCAUUUGGUAGAAUCCAACAGCAAAAUUAUUUAUUAAAAAAUACAUCCACAAACCAGGGAUAAUACUUGAAAUCAUCAAUAGAAACUUUUUUUUUAAAAUAAGGUCUUUCAAUAUGGCCUAAGUCUACACACGUUCGUGUAUUUGAUCCAUUUAAACCUACUUUUGAGUGGUAGUAUGUCCAAAUAAUCUAAGGCGCUGGAUUCAGAUUCCAAUCUCUUUGGAAGCAUGGGUUCCAAUCUCACUGCUGCCAAAUGUCCUAAUAGUUUGUCAUUCAGAUGCUUUAGUAUCUUCUUUGGGGUGUAUCAUCGCUCCUGGUAAUGAUAUUUUGAUCUAAUUUUGGAAACUUUCUAUUUGUAAGUUUCAGUUGACCUCUUGACAUUUUGUUAGUGUCCCACCAAGACCUGUCUAAACCAUGAUUGUUAAUUUAAAAGUUUCACCUUCUAAGAUGAACCAUCAGGGUUAAUUUAGAAAAAUUGGAACAGGGUGAGACAACCCACAGACACUUCCAGACUUGUACUCCACCUGGUGUGGAAGUCUUGAACAAAACCUCCAAAUGGACCAUCCUUGAGUAGAGAGGACCAGCUCUUCUGUCUCAGAUAUUUAUCUUCACUUAAAAAUUCUAAUAUCAAUUAUUUCCAGUAAUUCUUCUAGCCAUUCAUCAAGUGUCGGGUCUGUCAGUUCAAAUAAUCGUGGUCUGGCAAUUAAAUGGCCAUACAAACUGACCUAUGCUAUCAAAUGCAACUUACAUAAAAACUACUGGUGUUGAAGAAAGCAUCUCAAAUACCAAUGAUUUUUAUGCAAGGAAGGAUCAUUUACAAUUUCCAUACAACACUGAAUCAAAUAGACCAGAGUAUCUUCUAUUCUCAAUAUUUCCAGUUUAAUCCAUUAUAUUGAAUGUCAAACUAUUCAAUCGGAGUACUUGUUCUUGUUUACAGUUAUAUUUUGUGACUGGCGAACUACGAUUUACAGUGCUUACUCAUUUGGCCCUACACUUAAAGUAGCCUAUUGUAAACUGGAAAUAAUCUUAGUCACUUAAAAACGUUUUAAUCACUUGAUAUUUGCUAAAUUGAAAGCUCAGUACAAAAACUUAAUGUAUUUUCUUACAAAUCUAUUGUUUUCAAUUGAAGAGCAAUGAUUGACCACUAACUGCAACUAUUAAGAAAGCUAAUCUUCUAAUGCAUAUUAACUUGUUUGAUUUUAAAUUGGUAAUUCUCUUUAUACAUUUUCAUUCAUUGAUUUUUGGUGAACUAGAACUGCCUGGAUAAAGCUUUGGUAGAUUUUUGAAGGCUUGUGUUGAUGGUAAAGUCCAUCUCAGAGGUGGCAUUGAUAUCACAGCUUAGUGUUUGACGAUCAUUGUUGUCAGUUGAGCUAGAACAGGCUGUAUGAUCUCGACAGUCCAAAGAUUUAAACCAUAAAUCUACAUUUCGUAUUAUUAGCAGGAUGCACCUGUAAUAUUCAAUAUAAAUUUUAAAACUGCGAGUUAGCAUUAACCAGAAUCAAAGGAUAAGUUUAUUGCAAUGUACCAAUCAAAAGGCUCCUUAGUAAGCUUAUAUUAAGUAGCAAUAGGUAUAGUCUGGGAAUGGAAAGUCUAGAUGACUUACCAAUUUCAAUUUUAAGACAAUUGAAUUAUUUAGAAUCGUGAAAGACUGAAGCAUACUGAAAUAAUGAUUAAUAGCAAGAAGAAAAUGUUCUGAUAUGUAAGACAGUUAUUAAAGAGUGCUGCUAAUUAUGGAAGUAAAUGAAUGAUGAGUGAAUUGAAUGGAAGGCAGAUUGAAUGAAUCAACGUGAUUGUGCAGAGCACAAAAUUUCUAAAUGAGUACAAUGAGGCAAGUUUUUAAAUUGGAUAAAUGAGAAAUAACUAUUUAUUCUGUAAAUUGCCUCAAGUGAAUCAAGACUUGAUAGUGCUUUUAACACCAGAAAAUAUAUUAGUGACAAGGUUAUGUUGCAUUAACACUGAAGUUCCAUUGGUAUGUAUUCAAGAAUGUUGUCACAUCAUUAUCACUGUAGGAUGAAGAGCUAAUUAUAAUUGAAUUUAUCUGUCAUAUAAAGAUGAUAUGUUCAUUUUUGAACCAACACACAGGUUACAGAGAGGCGUCUGUGAUUUUCUAAAAUAUUUUGUUCACAACAUUGCAAUUUAUUCUUUAAAAGUAAAUUUAUGUCUUAUUGAGUCUUUUUCACACAGGGAAUGAAGAAGAUAAUAAUUAAUAGUGCUGAAGUUGCUUUGAAACUAAUAUAAAUCACUACCAAUUAUCUUUUCAAUUAUAAAACACCUGAAUGAUGCUUAGAAAUCAAACUGUAGGAUUUUCAGGUUCCUGAUUAUUAAAUAUUCUGUGUGAAACACUGAACUUAUUGAAUUAAUGCAUUUGCUAAACAAGUGACAAGAACACUGGUGCAAUCCUCUACCAUUACUAUAUUGACUCAGCAUUGUUAUGAAUGUGCUUCCUGUUCUUCCUGACACACUGUAACCUACAAUGCUGAAAAAAGACAUUCUAUUAUUAAGAGCGUGCAUCGUUGAGAAGGCUUCAGACCAAUCCACAUCCAGCAAUCUAUUCUGAAAACUCUGCUCAUAUUUAAGACAGCCAUUCCAAAUUCCAGCACAGCAGAUGUUUUUAUCAAUGAAAUUCUAAAACAAUCAACAAUAUUCUGCAUAAAACAACUUGUAAUAUUCUAAAAAUAAAAGAUUACUAUAAACUGUGAACACCAGAAAACUGAGAAGAAUUAUAUAAUCACAUUUUUUACUGCAUGAGUACAAACUGAACACACCUUGGUAUUACACCUUAUCUCCCACCUCUCCUUCCUGGAAGUAAUUGGAAGCUUCAUUGCUGAAAACUAUGGCAACUAUUGCAAAGAAGGAUUAGUACUCAAAAGCUUCAGGUUGAACAUCUUCUCAGCUUCUUGUUGCCAGAACGAUCAGCAACUCCCAUUAGUUUAAACAAAGUCGAGUCAAUGGGAUCCGCAUUUUCCCCAAAAAUCUGUCAGUUUUCUUUAGGCUGUACCCUGUCUGUGCGCCAGGUUUCUUUGAAAUCCAUCCAUAGAGACUAACAAUCAGGGGCAAAAAAAAAUUACCUCUGCCUACAUUCAGUAGCGAAGAUCUUAAAGCAUUUCAAACAUUUACUCUGGAAGAGCAAUCAGGAAAAUUUCUUUUAGUUUCAAUAAUGUCUUUAAGUAUUUCAAUAAUGGAUUAAAUCUCAGGUACAUGAUCCAUGUAAAAUUUUGAUAAAGUGUAUUGUUUUAUUCCAUUUGAAAUUAUUAAUAUAUUCAUUGACAUUGCAAACACUAAUGAAAAGCCACCAAAAAUAAGCUUUUUAACCUAACUAAAGCAGUAUAUUUAUAAAUUUACUAUUGCUGUAUAUUUUUCCAUACUCAUUUCAACUUUUUUCGCAUUUUUUCUUCAACCUACAUCUAAUUAACUCACAGUAGACUUGCCUACUAAAUCUCACAAAUCCAAACAAAUAGAUGUGAAAUGUGGAUUUAUAGUGCAUCUUCUAAUAUUAGCUGUGAUGUUUAUGUAGUCUUUUGUUAAAAUGUAGUUGGGUUUUGCAGAAAACUAAGGCCAACCCACACCAGAUACUCAGAUAAACAACCUGUGAAUUCGUUUUAUUUAUUUUUUGCUUUUGAAAUAGUAUAAAUUUACUAACACUGUGCAAUAAUACAAAGCUUUGCUUUAUUCACCAAAAAAACACUACUUUGUACUUGAACAGUUUUAAAGGGAAAGAUGUGCAGAACAGACUGCAUUGUUUCUCUGUCUUAAUGGGACAAAAUAAUGCUGUUUCAGUCUUAUGUCCUGAACAAUUGGUACAUUUCAAUGUAUUGUGUAUUUUGAAAUUCUAUGACAAUUCCUUUUUAUUAAAAUCAGAAC